CCUGGUUUAGAUAACAUAAGGCCAUUAGAGCAGAACCGGCGUAACCAAUUUUUUUUUGUACUUACCUACUUAAAAUAAGUAGUAUCAAAUGUGAUAAAUUAUAAAAUAAAGUUCCCCUAGUUGAUCGCUUAUUUCGCUGUAAAAGCUUGACGUAGUAUUUAUGGAAACUCUCAUUAAUUACAGCAAUCUUCGCUCCGCUCGGCUCAGCACCAUUUCCUGCAUGUACAUUAAAUGUCAUUAUCUGAUAUCUUAUCGAUCACAUGUAUUUACAUACAUAGAUACAUAUAUGAAAUCAAAAAUUACUACUCUGCUACUCUUGUUAUAAAUAUAAAAUAUAUAUCCAGUUGUGAUUUUGAACUAGCCAAGGUAUGAGUGUAUAUAACGUGGACGAGCUAGUGGCGCCAGCAUGGAUGAACGAGGAAUUCUUUGGCGAAGUUUUGAGAAAUUUGGAAACAGGGGAUGGAAUCAAGAUAAUUAAAUUGGAUAUUAGUCCAGCUAGCAUGAAGGGAGAUCAUUUUGCCAGUAUAAUGUUUCGUGCCAAGAUUGAAUAUAAAACGACAUCGCAGGCGCCCUCUUCGACAAUAUCACUGAUUGUGAAAACACUGACAGAUGGCGGCGAAAAAUGUGAAAUGUUGGAACAGUCGCGAAUGUUUCAAACGGAAAUCAAUAUGUAUAAGAAUACACUACCGAGAAUUGCCGAGGUUUUGGCGGAACACGGCGAUUCAAUUGUGCUGGCACCAAAAAUGUUGUACAGCACCUUAGAACCACGUCAAAUAAUUAUUUUAGAGGAUCUUAGCGAAAAUGGGUAUACAGUGAUGCGCAACCGUUUCCCCACAGACGAUGAAAUGAAGGCCAUAUAUCGUAAAUUGGCCAAAGUGCACGCAGUGAGUUAUGCGAUUGGUCAAAGUGAGGAUCACGAAGUAGUUACACAACAUCAGGAAGGAUUGUUCAGUUCGGAGUUUAUUUUAGAGUAUGAAUUAUUCAAGACCGCUUUGCGUAACUUUAUCGACUUGCUAACGACGCAUGACGAGUUCAGUGAAUAUCUGCCGAAAUUUCAAGUAAUGGAAAAAGAUAUUUUACGCCGAUGCCACAAGUUGUUUAAUGUCUAUAAAAACGGAAUAAAAAAUGAAGUUCUUGUGAUCAAUCAUGGGGACUUUCAUUUGAAGAACCUAAUGUUUAGAUUCGAUGAAAAAUCCCAAAUGCAGGAUUUUAUGUUGUUGGACUUUCACCUUAGCGUCUAUGCGCCACCCAUUGUCGACUUAAUUUACUCCAAAUAUGCGAUGUGUAGUUCAGCGAUGCGAGACAACUACGACGUUUAUUUGCGAUCGUAUUUUGAACAAUUCAAUGAGACGUUGAAAUUAAUCGAUUACAAGGGCGAAUUGCUGAAAUAUUGUGAUUUAAAAAUAAGUGCUUUGCGAUAUAGACACUUCACGGUUUUUAUUAUCACUUUACUACUGCCUAUACUCUACUCUGUGUUGAUUUUAAGUCCAGAGGAGUUGAAAGACAAGGACAGUUCUAAAGUUUUCAAUGAACAUAAUGGAGCAACCAGCCUUUUUUACCGAAAUCCCAAGCUGAUAACUGAACUGCGAAAAUUGUUGCCGAUACAUCUAUGCGAAGGCUAUUUGGACUAAAUCAUUGAAGGCGUUUUAUUAGCUAUGUAUGUAUUUCAAAGGCAGAGACCGAAAAUAUCUGGUCCACAUCAAACAAAUUGUAACUUUUACUAUCAUUAAGCAGUUCCUUUUUACGUUUAGUGAUAUGUAUAUACAUAUAUCUCCGAUAGAACGAUUUAUGUGAGAGAUGUUAAGCUAAAUGACUGUGAGAAAUGUAAUAGCGAGCGAAAAUAAAAAAUCAACCUUAGUCAUAGAGCUGCAAAAGUGUCGAUACUGGCCGUACUCGAUAUUUAAGAGAAAAAACUCGAUACAUCGAUAUAUGUAUAUCGGUAAACUUUUUAUUUUAAAUGAAA